UCCCCACUGUCCCUUGUGACUACUAAGUGCCAAAGUAAAUAGCUGGUAACAUUAACAUCACAGCAGGCGAUAAACAACGUCAUGAGCAUCAGCGACCCAGAAAAGCCGAACGGAGGCGAAAAUAGGGAAAAUGGAGAACUGAGAAACAAUUACGGGAGGAAUUGCGCAAAGCAUCGCAAAUGCGGAAAACUUCGGGCGACAACGUUCAUCGCUCAAGACAAGACUUCAUUGCAAGGAGGUGCUCACGAACACGAAAACGCUCACUUCUGCGAAUGAGUAACCAACACUUUGGCGAGAUUGACAGAGUCUUCCUUUCCCCUACUCGGCGUUCCGUCGAUUUGCCCCUUCAUUGUCACGUAAUAACGAUCAUUCAACCGUGAAUAAGGCAUAAGAGCUGCUCGGUAAAUUGAAAGAAGAGGAGAAAACAGUGAUUCGACAAUGAACGUGCUAGUUGGAGCUAUCUGCUUAGCCGGAGGUUUUUCGGUGACGCUAGCGAUCGAGGCGUACGAGCUACCAGAUGGAGCCGAGCUGAUUGUUGGGCCGAUCAAGACAACGUUCACAUGUCCGGAGAAAUAUGGGUACUGGGCGGAUGUUGAUAACGACUGCAAAAUUUUCCAUAUCUGUCAUCCUGUAGACUAUCCAGAUGGCAAACACGAGUUAUUCACAUACUCAUUUUUCUGCGGUAAUCAGACUGUCUUCAAUCAACUGACGUUCACCUGCGCGUGGCCUGAAGAGGCCGUAGCGUGCGCUAACGCUCCGGAGUUCUUCUAUCUGAACGACCGUCUCGGUAUUCCGGAUGCGAAAUUUCUCACAGACGAAGAUGUCGAUAAGGCCAAGCAGUACAUCCCUCUGUACAACGGACAAGCUAACGCAGUUAGAAGCAAGAAAUAACAGAGUCGUUGGAAAUUCUAAGCGAACGACUGCAUAUAUUAAGAUUAGUUGUUGCAGGGCUACACCUCUGUGGCGAUAUAUCUCAUAGAACAUAACACGCUACCUGAGCAAGAAAUUUAUAAUUGGCCUAUCGACCCAAGGGAAGAUCAGUUUCGUUCAGUGUCUGUACUAUAUACAUAAGCACAAUAAAUAAAGCAGUAAUUGCAAUGUUCGACGAUCAACAACUA